CCCUCCUUAUCACCGCGUCCUUUCCUAGUUCCUACUUUCCUCCCCGUUUCCCCUUCUCCUUCUUGACGAAGGAAAAUAUCAAAAGGGAUAAUUUAUUAAAUAACGUAAAUAUUUCUAAUGGUAUAAAUAAAGUCCCUCCAAUUUCUGCACAACGAAAUAGUAAAACUCUUCGGCUUUCUCUCUGCUUUCCCAAACCUUCAAAAUCUAAGUAGAACAUGCAUAAUUAGGAAAAUUUUUUUCUUGAUUUUUUUGUAAAUAAUUUUUUUUGUUUUUGGUUUUUUUGAUAGAAAAAUCUAGUAAAAUUAGGUGGGUAUAAAUUACGGUUCAAUCAAUUCUGAAAUGGAGCUGGAAGAUGAAUUGAAUCAAAUCGAUUGGGAUAAUAUGUUUGUUGAUAUUCCGUUUCUAGAAGACGACUUUCGAAUCUUCGAAGACGUUUCUCCAUCUCUGGAAGUUGUUGAAGAUGAAGUAGCAACAACAACUAAAAUCGCGAGUGGGCCCACCGUUGAGUCGUGGAUUGAGGAGUUGUUGAUGAAGGACGACGAUGACGAACAUAAUAACAGUAAUCAAGCAGCAGUAGAAGUAUUGGGCGAUGAUUUCUUGUGGUCUGAUCUACUGGUUGAUUCGCAUCAAGAGGAUUGUCUUCCGUCCGAUGAUCACCGAGACUCAUCAUACGCUUCUCCUUCUCCAACUACACCUCCUUUUGAGGAUAAGAAUUCGUCUACUUGCUCCAAUUCCGAGGGUAAUGCUGUUCAAAUUGCAACUACUAGUGAUAAUUAUGAUAUUAGUGGUAAAGAAAUCCCCAAUUUUGAGUCGAAUGGUGAAAAUUGUAAGUCUGGGGAUGAUGCUUUGGACCUUGAUGACUCUGAUCGUGAUCCUCUCUCGAAGAAACGUAAAAGACAAUUGAGAAAUAGAGAUGCAGCACUGCGAUCUAGAGAAAGGAAAAAGAUGUAUGUGAAGGAUCUGGAGAUGAAGAGUAAAUACAUGGAAGCGGAAUGUAGGAGAUUAGGGAGGUUGCUUCAGUGUUGUUAUGCUGAGAAUCAGAUGCUGCGUAUUUCCCUGGGCAGUGCGUAUGGUGCUUCCUUAACCAAGCCGGAGUCUGCCGUGCUCUUGUUGGAAUCCCUGCUGUUGGUUUCCCUGGUUUGGUUAAUGGUCAACAUAUGCCUGCUACCUCUACACAAACUGUCCCCCCAAAAUCAGGGUGCAGUUCCACACGGAAGCGUGGAGAGAAAAGAACAGGAAAGCGCAGCAGCACCAAAAGGAAAGGUAACGAAGGUCACUGAACUGUGGGUGACCCUUUGUUUCAUGAGGAGUAAGAGAUGCAGAGCUUCAAGGACCAAGAUGAAGUCUGAUAUGAACGCGCUGUGUCAUGCAUCAACUGAAACUCCUCUCUGUUGCUUCCAGUUUUCAUGGUAUCGCUGAUGAAUAUUGGUUUCUCAGCUUUUACUUUUGCAUAGAAGGUACAGAGAGAGGUGAUGUAGGGGUUUCCCCCAGAGUAUUUUGUAUCAGUAACAUCUCAUGUUGGUUUAUAUCAGUAUUUUAUAUUUCUGU